CCGCCAAAAAGCACAUGCAUUUCAUGCUCCGAUCAAGGACGCGGUUUCGUUCUCCCUCCGGCACGAGACACCACCCCCCCCCCCAAAAAAUGUCGUCUGCGCCGGCCAAGGACGACAGGCACCCGGCCGUCAAGGGGCCCAGCGCCCUACGGUCCAUUCUCGCCGGUUCAACAGCCGGCGCAGUGGAAAUUGCCAUCACGUACCCUGCCGAGUUCGCGAAGACCCGGACACAGCUCAAUCGCAGGUUAGCCGACGGGCAGAAGCUGCCGUGGCCGCCAUUCGGCCGGCAGUGGUAUGCCGGGUGCACCACACUGAUCAUCGGCAACUCGGCCAAGGCGGGGAUUCGAUUCGUCGCCUUCGACCAGUACAAGAAGCUUCUGGCCGACGCGGACGGCAAGAUGACCGGCCCCCGAACCGUGCUCGCGGGGUUCGGCGCCGGCGUGACCGAGUCCCUGUUGGCCGUCACCCCGACCGAGAGCAUCAAGACCACGCUCAUCGACGACCGCAAGUCGGCCAACCCGCGGAUGCGCGGCUUCCUGCACGCGGUGCCCAUCAUCGCGCGCGAGCGCGGCCUGCGCGGCUUCUUCCAGGGGUUCGUGCCGACGACGGCGCGGCAGGCGGCCAACAGCGCGACGCGCUUCGGCGCGUACACGGCGCUCAAGCAGCUGGCCGAGGGCUACACGGCGCCGGGCGAGAAGCUCGGCGCGGCGGCCACCUUCGCGCUCGGCGGCGCGGCCGGCCUGAUCACGGUCUACGUCACGCAGCCGCUCGACACGAUCAAGACGCGCAUGCAGAGCAUCGAGGCCCGCCGCGUCUACGGCAACUCGCUGCGCUGCGCUGCCAUCAUCUUCAAGCAGGAGGGCUUGUUGACGUUCUGGAGCGGCGCGCUGCCGCGCUUGGCGAGGCUGAUCAUGAGCGGCGGGAUUGUGUUUACCAUCUAUGAGAAGAGCAUGGAGCUGAUGGAUCGGUUGGAUCCGGAGCGGAAGUAUAUUUGAGGAGUGGCAUGGCAGUGGAUGCGGCUGAGGUGCGAUGGGGAGAGUUCAGCGGCGCCCUCACACAGUACAUUGCGCCGGCUUCCGGAGGAAGACAUAUACCCCGAUUGACAGGUAGACAAAGGCCCAGUUGUGGCCCGUACAGUUGUUGGUAUAACAGUCUCGAGCCCAACGCCAAACGCCGUG